AUGACUACCUUGUACACAAGGGCAAUGUUCCAAAAGUGGAAGAAAACUGUGAAAUCUGGAUUGGUGUCAGAUGCAAAUGGCAAUGAAAUUAAAGAUUGUGCGGACCCUGGUCUUUUAAUAAAGCUGAGUACAAUGCCCCGACUUGCUUCAGAUGUGAAGUUGAAGUUAUUAAAAGAUGUAGUAUGUUAUAAUGAAGUUGGAGGGUCCAGCUCUCAAACACAAUACAUGAAAAACCCUAAAAGAGUAAGGUGCAAAGGAAGCUCGAAACUAAUGGGACCAAAGGAAAAGGCAAUGAAGCGAGGGAUUUGA